AUGACAGACCCGCUCUUGGAUGCUUUCCGCAAUCAGCUCAGGCACUCCGACCUUGCAGCCACCAGGCUGAAGACCGAGGUGAAUUUUCUGAAGCGGCAGAUUGAGCUCACUUGUUCGAGCCCCGACGAGGAGAGAAUGGAGCUCAAGGACAAGCUUGAGUUUAUCAACGGAGUCAUCGAGAUGUAUAAGAAGACUGAGCAGUUGUACAAGAUGAAAGAGUUGGCCAUCUAUCAAGAGUUCGAGACCCUGGAUGAAUGUCCUCGCAGAGAGGAGAUGGGUAAGACGUUCACCAAAAUGACUGUUCAUCUCACCAUGAUGGAAGUUCAGAUGUACAAGGUUCUUGGGGUUGAGAACUCAUGGUUCUCCAUGAAAAUCCACGAGAUCAAGCGCUGGGUCACGGAGAACCUGGAGGAUGCAGCAGCUGGAGUUGGGAUUCUCAGCGGAGCGCUGGCAGGGCUUUUCUGGAUAGGUUAUGCACUCAUCGCUGAACCUAUCUACUACCUUGGAUUGGUGAAAGGAAUGGCUGCAUUACUGACCGCUGCCGCGGGCGGAGUUGCUGUAGGGGUAGUGGUCGGGAGCUUUGCGGUUCUGAUUUUGUACUUCACCUGGACCGAGUCUUGCUUCACCCCGGUGACCGACAAGGCUUUGACCCACAUCCAGCAAGUCAAAAGCAUGGCAGCAGUUCUUGAGACAGUGCCAAAUGACGCCUUCUGCCAAAAGCUUGACGAGAUGGUUGCAUUGUCUGACAAGGUAGUAGGCGAGCUUCCUGACCAGCCAGAUCGACUUUGCUGCAUCUGCCUAGAGGAAGGAAGCGGCGUCAUUGCACCAGUCAGAACACCAGGAUGCCAGGGUCACCAUUACAUGUGCCGGGAUCAUUGGGGUGACUACUGCAGCAGCCGCGCGGGCAGGAACAUGCUUUGUCCUGUGUGUCGGACUUGA